AUCUAGUCCGUACUUGUGUGUGUCUUUGCCGACGGUGGCAAAGGAAAGCGCGCGGUCAAUUGAUCCCUAUCUAUAUCUAAGGCCUAUAGCUAACUAGCUCGGUCCGGCGAUAGAGGCCGCCAUGGCGUCCAUCAUCGUCAUCGCCGCCGUGCUCGUCCUGGACGUCCUCGCCUUCGUGCUCGCCAUCGGCGCCGAGCGCCGCCGGAGCUACGUGAACUACGUGAGCGUGGACCCGGCCGGGGGGGUCCUACUGCGUGUACAGCUCCGACGCGUCCACGGCGUACGGCGUGAGCGCGCUGCUGCUGCUGCUCGCCGCGCAGGCCGUGGCCAUGGUCGCCACCCGCUGCUUCUGCUGCGGCCGCGCGCUCUCGCCGGGCCGCUGGCGGGCGUGGUCCGGCAUCUGCUUCAUCGUCUGCUGGGUGACGUUCGUGAUCGCGGAGCUGUGCCUGCUGGCCGGGUCGGUCCGGAACGCGUAUCACACCAAGUACUUCCCCAAGGGCGACGGCCCGCCGCCGUGCGCCAUGCUGCGCAAGGGCGUCUUCGCCGCCGGCGCCGCCUUCACCUUCCUCGCCGCGCUCUUCGCCGAGCUGCACUACCUCUUCUACGCCAGGGCGCGCGACGCCGCCGCCGCCGUGGCCCCGCCCAUCGUCGGCGGCAUCGGCAUGACCCGCAUGUGAUGAGUGGAAGAUAUUGUCCUGUGCGUGUGAUAGUACUGUACUACUGACUGCUGUCACUACAGCGUGCUGGAACUGUUGGGUUUGUAAUUCUGUCA